ACGCAAUCUAAAAUAUAACCUCCAUCUCAACCUGGCCUUGCUCCCUUCAAACCAUAAUCCUGCCAGCAGGAGAACGGCCACCAUUCGACUUCUUUGCUCUAUAUCCCUACAAACCCUUCAUCCAUCAAGACUACCUUCGCACGACCUUACCCCUUUUUCUCCUGUCAGCAUUCAAUCAAGACUCUUUUCUUUGUUUACACGCGCAUAAAUAUCCUUCCUAUAGCAUGUCUUCCUUUCAGCACCUCGAUCGCCAUCUUGACCGCGUCCUCACCGUCGAUAUCCCUGGAGCUAAUACGAAGGCUAUCACCUACAGCCCGCCUCCUCUACCCAAGAAUGCUCGUUACCUCACCACAAACGCUGAGAUUUACAAUUACGUCUCCGACAUGUGCCAGCGUCAUCAGAUCCCUUUCCCAGUCGACCAUGGGGAGAUUCUAUACUUCAAUGGGAGUCCGCUCCGCUCUACGGAGACCGGAUUGAGGUUAUACGUGCUCAUGUUGAAGAACGCCAGCGAGAAGAGAGAUAGCAACCGUGUUGAUGAAUUGGGAAGCCUUCUGGGAGGUAUGGGUGUUCAGUACGGUGGAUUUGAUGAGUUGAAUGAUAUUAUGGGGGAUGUGUCAUUGGGGAGCUCGAGCUCGUUGGAGAGUCCAUGAGCCGUGGGAGUAUUGUCGGAGUCUGCGCUGAGCGAGCUUUUC